UUACUCAAUAAUUGACUGUGAUUAUUGAGUUUUUUUUUUUUGUUUUGGGUGCCUUUAUUUUUCUGUGAAUUUGCGAGACUUAUUUAUUUAAUUUAUCUAUAGCCAAGGAAACUAGGGGCACUCCCAUAGGAUGCAUAAUUUUUGUUUGUUUACUAAUCUAAACUGUAAGCCAAAUUAAUUAAAAGAAAAAGAGAGAGACCACAGUGAUGAGGCAUGAGUUGAAUAUUUGGCAUAGUCAUAUAAUAAUUAAAAGCCGAGCCUGUCGUUAAAAAGAUAUAUUUGUUAUAAUACAUGUUAAUUAAGCUCAGAUAACUAUAUUUCGAAAGCAUUCGUUAAAAGUACCGCGUAUUCGUCCUUUUCUCUCUCUCUCUCUCUCUCUCUCUCUCUCUCUCUCUCCGUCUCCGACCGUUACUUUACCUGCUUAUUUACCCAUACCAUAAUUUUAGUCUCUCUCUCUCUCUCUCUCUCUCUCUCUCUCUCUCUCUCUCUCUCUCUCUAUUUAUAAUUACAGAGGAAUUCAGUACAGAAUACAGAUCUAGUUUCUUCCAAUAUUUGGUCAGCUGAUUUAUUUAAUAAAUGUCGUUUUCCGUAUAAUUGACGACACCACUCAUUUCAGGAAAAUAAAGAAAAAGAAAUGGCAAUCUCAGUCCACAAUCUCUUCCAAGAGAGAAAAUACCCAUUCAUUUUCGCACUCUCUGUUCUCCUCUUCUGCGUCAUCUUCCUACUCUUCACCAACACAAUCCAAUACCCUCUCUUCCUCUAUCCCGAUACUCAAUCCCGACCCCUUGUUUCACUCCCCGUCUCCGGCUCAUCUUCUCACCCUCCUCCUCCGUCCGUACAACAAUCCUUCAAGCUUCCCGAUUCAGUAACACCUUUUGUCCCGCCUCCGCCGAACAACGAAGAUGUCGGAUUUCUCCGGGAUAACGCUACCACUACUUCUUCUGACGAUGGGGGUUUCGAAUGGAAGCUCUGUCGAGAUCCCGAGGCCGUCGAUUACAUACCUUGUUUGGACAAUUACAAGGUGAUCAAGGCCUUGAAGUCCAGGAGGCACAUGGAGCAUAGGGAGCGGCAUUGUCCAAAUCCUAGUCCAAGGUGUUUGUCGCCUCUUCCCAAAGGGUAUAAGAUGCCAGUUUCAUGGCCUAAGAGCAGGGACAUGAUUUGGUAUGAUAAUGUUCCACAUUCAAAGCUUGUUGAGUACAAGAAGGAUCAAAACUGGGUUCGCAAAUCAGGAGAUUACUUUGUUUUCCCUGGUGGUGGUACCCAGUUCAAGCAAGGAGUUGAUAACUACAUUCAGUUCAUAGAGAAGACUUUGCCCCUAAUUAAAUGGGGAAAGCACGUGAGGGUUAUUUUAGAUGUUGGGUGUGGUGUUGCUAGCUUCGGCGGAGCUUUGCUGGAUAAAAAUGUUCUUACCAUGUCAUUUGCCCCAAAGGAUGAACACGAAGCUCAGAUACAGUUUGCUCUUGAACGGGGAAUACCUGCUAUUCUUUCAGUCAUUGGAACUCAAAAACUGACUUUCCCAGACAAUGCUUUUGAUUUACUUCAUUGUGCACGAUGCAGAGUUCACUGGGAUGCUGAUGGUGGAAAACCAUUGAUGGAACUCAAUAGGAUUCUUAGGCCUGGCGGGUUCUUUGUGUGGUCAGCGACACCAGUGUAUCGUAAAGACGAAACCCAUCAGAAUAAAUGGAAAGCUAUGGUGAAUCUGACGAGCUCUCUGUGUUGGAAGGUUGUUGCUAAGACCCUUUCUGAUACGUCAAGAAUUGGGAUUGUCAUAUUCCAAAAGCCUGUCUCCAAUACUUGCUAUGAGAAACGCAAAGAAAAGAAUCCACCUAUCUGUGACAAUGAAAAUAGGAAAAACAAUUCAUGGUACGUGCCCCUAAGCAGUUGUCUGUCUCCACUUCCAGUCGAUAGCAUGGGUAACAUAUUCAGCUGGCCUGAGCCUUGGCCCAAGAGGCUCAAGAGUGAACCUAUAAGCUUAUCAACUGAACAAGAUGCGGUGCAAGAGUUCUACAAGGACACCAAGCAUUGGUCUGGACUAGUUUCAGAUUUUUAUUUAAAAGGUCUUUCUAUUCAAUGGUCAAGUGUGCGGAAUGUUAUGGACAUGAAUGCUGGUUAUGGGGGUUUUGGUGCAGCUCUUAUUGAUCAACCAGUAUGGGUAAUGAAUGUUGUCCCUAUUGAUAUGCCAGAUACAUUGUCUAUAAUUUAUGACAGAGGGUUAGUUGGAGUAUAUCAUGACUGGUGUGAGUCUUUCAAUACCUAUCCUCGAACAUACGAUCUACUACAUUCCAGCUAUCUCUUGGGAAACCUUACACAAAGAUGUGACAUGGUAGAAAUUGUUGCGGAGAUUGAUCGCAUAUUGAGACCAGGUGGAUAUCUACUGGUUCAAGACACAACAGACACGAUCAAAAAGCUUAAGCCGAUUUUGGAAUCACUUCACUGGUCCUUAACCCUUCAUCAAAAUCAGUUUCUUGUUUGUAAGAAGGGUUUCUGGCGUCCAAGUAGUUAAAGGGGUAUGACUGAUCAUUUUCACUGAAAAAUCUUUGUCCCACUCCCAGGUUUAUAUGGGUCCAGUGCAAGUGUAAUUUAUACAAGGACGAUAGAACCCCUAGCACCUAUUUUUGUUUACCGCUUAUAAUUGAUAUCCUAUAGUUGAAAUAAUUUUACUUCAAAUUACUAUAAUUAAUAUAUCUUCAUAAUUUCUUUA